GGGCUCCACCCAGGCUCUACCUGCUUCCUUCACCAUGUGACCAGCUGCCAGAGCUCAUCACAACAUCUCCCCCACAGCAUUCUGGGGGCUAACUCUGAUGUAAUCUUCUCGCAGAAAACCUUGAGUCCAUCUAUCCCAACGGCCACCCCCACAGCCAUCAGACCCUUCUUGACACCUGCAGGUCGCAGAACCCAAGAUGCAUCCACUUUGGAAGCUCCUGGUCCUCCUCAGUUUGCUGUCCUUGCCCUCAGCACUUCACAAGCAGCCCUGGCCUGGCCUGGCCAAGGCCCACGCAAAUAGCAAAUCCACCCUGGUGAGAAUUAUUACCCAGGGCCUCAUGAAGCACAAUGCAGAGGGCCGAAUUCAGAACAUCUGCCUCCUGGACAGUCUGAAUAACUCAAAGCAUGUGGCUGCAGGGAUGGUUGCCUGGCUAAUCGGUAGCAUGAGCCUCCAGCAGCAGCAAGAAGGCAGCGCCAACAUCACCAACAUUCAGCUGGACUAUGGCAGGAUCCAGAUGUCUGUCCCUAAGGAAUGGUUCUCAGCAAACAUCUCCCUUGAAUUUGACAUUGACUUGAGAGUGCGGCCCUUCAAAAACAAGACUGCAACGACACAUGCAUGCAUGAACCUCUCUGUGGAGUUCUGGCUGGAGAAGGAUGAGUUUGGCCGGAGGGAUCUGGUGAUAGGCAAUUGCCGCGUGGAGCCCAGCAGCGUCCAUACAACAGUUCUAACUGAAGAUCUCUCACCAAAGAUAAAACAUUUUGUCCGCAAUUUUAGACAAAACCUGGAAAAAGUUAUCCCACAUCUAAUAGAAGAUCAGGUAUGCCCUCUAAUUGGUGAAAUCCUCAGGCAGCUGGAUGUGAAACUGCUGAAAAGCCUCAUGGAAUAGCCUGCUGCUCAUGAACUCAACCAGCUGUGUGUCCAGCCAACCCUCUUCAGGCCAGGCUUGAGUGUCCAGCUGCCUAUUGAUGAUCAGAAGGAGAUUCCACAUCUUGUAACCUUAAGUCUCCCUUAUAGUGGGGCUUCCAUUGCCCCCAAAACUUUACACAGACUCCAUGAACAUCCUGUCCUCCCCCAUAAUAAAUUGCAGCUCUGAA